AGUUAACCAUAAAAUUUCUACUUUUCUUCUUUUGGAUAAUUGACAAAGCCAUUUUCGACACUGAUUCUCUUUUAACUGUGCUGCGUGGAUAAAAUAUCAGUCAGCUUCAUGUAUCAAAAUCAAUCACCUGAUUUGACCUGGUCAACUCGGGUAGACGUUAUUACCGUCGAAGAACAUUGGGCAAACGGCCUCAUCGGAGAGCCAAGAAAAUCAAUGGAAGUCGUAAUGAGAUGGCUUAUCAGGUAGCUCGAUGAGCAAGCAGGUCAAACUCGUGUGGUAUAUCCCACCUUCCCAAUUCCGCUUUUUGUGAUGUUGAAACUUUGUAUUUUGAACCUCGCAGUGUUUUUUGAAUAAAUUCUCACACAAAAAGGGUAAAAAAAAAUGGUGGAGCUAGCACAUGUGAUUUACUUAGAAAAACGCAAUAGUAAUUUUUCUUUUUAAUCAAAUAGUUGAGUGUUUAAUCUUUUCUGAAACUAAUGAGUGAGAUUUGCAAUUUAUACGGAGUCCUAAUGAUAGAAAAAUUGAAAAACAAGUUAUAGUUGAUGAUAUUUGACAAGUAUGAGGCAAGGAGGAGGACCCACGAAUUCCUUCUAGAAAAAUACAAGACAAGGAAGAAUACGAACCACAGGUGUAUAAGUAGUCUUCUAGAAGCAGAACUCGCAUAUGUAGCGGAGUGUCGUACGAGGAAUCAAUCGAAACUGUCGGCCCAUAAAGAUUUCCCUCAAACCCAUACAGUAAAAGCACAAUAGCUAUUCUACUCAUCAAGCGACGAACAAGACACCCUCCCCACCACUUCACCUUUUCUUUACCUAUUUUCUCCACAUUUCCAUCUCUCUGUUUCCUUAUAUUUUCAUUUUCAUUCCGAGUUAUCUGUCUAUAUAUGUAUGUAUGGAAGGGGGGGGAUUUGAUGCAUCUGCUUACAUGUUGUUUGAGGCGAGCGGCGAUUCCGAAGCCGGAUUCUUUGACGCCGCGGCGGAGGCGGAGUCCGGCGCCGCUGCUGAGGAUGAUGCGCAGUCUUGCAGCUACGGAUCUGUGUCUGAUAGCGGGGCGGUGCAUGGGGUUGAUGAUGCAGGUGGGGAUGCGGAUUUCGAUGAUUCUGAUGGAGAGGAGGAAUACGGUGGGCGUAACAGUGAUGAGGAGGAGGGCGUGGUUGAUCAAUGCUGCGGCGUGGCGACUAAGGAUUCGGUGGUGGCUGGGGGGGCGAAGGAGAAGCUGAAUCAUGAGCAGAAGGCUUGUGAGGAUUCAAAUGUGAAGCUGAUGAAUGAGAGGGAGAGGGAUAGGCUGUUUUGGGAGGCUUGUUUGGCGUCUUAGAGAAGAAACAAGUUUUUCUUUGAAAUAAUUACAUCGCCCUUCCCUAUAGUUUCAUACUAAUUAUUUUUUCUCAAUAAAUAUCUUAAAAUUGUAGAGAGGAUAUACAUAUAAUUUCAGGAAUAGGUGGUGUAACUAUCUCUUUCUUUUAUAUUAGUUCAGUUUUUGUUGAUUAUGCAACUGUACAUAGGUUUGGCGCAGUGAAGAUACUGAAUGUUACUCUAUUAUUUUAGUGUGUUCAUUUCAUUUUCAUUCCUUGCAUUUACAGAUUUGU